CUUCAUCACUGACACAGAAGAGGAGCACUUCUGCACUUCUGGACAUCCAGGCACAAGUUCUGCUACACAGCUGGAGAUUAUGUUCAGUGGACUUUUAAAGGAGGAGCCCAUUCAUGAACUCUCAGACUGUGCUGUGGAGCAAAGGAGAAGGAAAUAGCCUACAUCUAACUAAAGCUGUAAGUUAACUAUAGUGUGCUGAAGAUCAUCGAGGGAGAGAGAGAGAGAAUCAUGGCUGGAUGCUGCAUGUCUGCGGACGAGAAGGAGAGACAGAGGAUAAACCAGGAGAUCGAUAAACAACUGAGGAAAGACAAGAAAGACUCCCGGAGAGAACUCAAGCUGCUGCUGCUGGGCACAGGUGAGAGUGGCAAGAGUACGUUCAUUAAACAGAUGAGGAUCAUUCAUGGCUCGGGUUACACUGAUGAAGAUAAGAAGGGCUUCAUUAAACUCGUCCAUCAGAACGUGAUCAGCGCCAUGCAGUCCAUGGUCAGAGCGAUGGACAUGCUCAAGAUCGCUUAUGCUAAACCAGAGAACCAGGCUCAUGCUACAUUGGCGAAUGAUAUCGAGGUGGAUAAGAUCAUGAGUUUGGAUGAGAACCAAGUGAACGCCAUCCGUAGUCUAUGGAACGACUCUGGGAUUCAGGAAUGCUACGACCGCCGUCGAGAGUACCAGCUAACUGACUCUGCCAAAUACUACCUGAGCGACCUGGAUCGGAUUACAGAUGCGGCGUAUGUUCCCACAGAGCAGGAUAUUCUGAGAGUCCGAGUUCCCACCACAGGAAUCAUCGAGUAUCCCUUCGACCUGGAGAACGUCAUCUUCAGGAUGGUGGAUGUCGGGGGUCAGAGGUCAGAGCGCAGGAAGUGGAUCCACUGCUUCGAGAACGUCACCUCCAUCAUCUUCCUGGUGGCGCUGAGCGAGUACGAUCAGGUCCUCGCCGAAUGUGACAACGAGAAUCGCAUGGAGGAGAGUAAAGCUCUGUUUAAAACCAUCAUCACGUAUCCCUGGUUCCAGCAGUCGUCUGUGAUUCUCUUUCUGAAUAAGACAGACAUCCUGAAGGAGAAGAUCGUUCACUCGCACCUGGCCACAUAUUUCCCAGAAUUCACAGGCCCCAAAAAUGAUCCAAAGUCAGCCCAGGAAUUUAUCCUGAAGAUGUACCAGGAUGAGAACGAAGACAAAGACAAAACCAUCUACUCUCACUUCACCUGUGCCACGGACACGGAGAACAUCCGGCUGAUCUUCGCCGCCGUCAAAGACACCAUCCUGAGACACAACCUCAAAGAGUUCAACCUGGUUUAACACCAGUAGAGUUAGCGCUCACUUUAUCUUCACACUGUUCUGAGAACUGUCUAAUGGAUUGGGUUCCUGAAAACAUGCCUUAAUGCACCAUUACAAGAGUCAGCCUUCCUUAGGUCGUGGGUUACACCGACAACAGAUGCUGCCGUCGUGUUCUUCGUGCAAGUAGAGUUUACAAAGGAUGUAAAAUAGAUCAAACUACUUGUAGAAGAGCCACAGUAGAGGGAAAAGUUUACGUUAGAUACAUGCUCUGAAGUCACCUUAUCUAGUUAUCUUAACACAACUCUGAUUGGUCAUUUGUAGAAAUUAAACAAUGUUGUUUUAUCAUUUGUAUAUCAUUAACAUGCAUAUUCUUAGUUGAAUUCUUGAUUUUACCUCAUUGGUUUACUAGCGGUUGAGAGCAGGUUCAAGCUGUAAUGAAUUCCUGAAGUGCCUUUAAACUGUAAUGUCUUUAUCUGCUUUGAUAAUAUUUAUUAAACAAGGAUAUACAGCCAUAUGUUGUUUGUUACUCAAAUAACUCCAAGUCAAAAUUCAAAACGCAUUUAUUAAAUGUGCAUAAUCAAUUAAAAAUGACAAGAAAAUAAAAUGUCAUGAUAUGGCAUUCAUAAUUCUCAGUUUUACUUUCCUAGAUUCAUGCAUUUCCAGUUGCAUGAUGAAAGUAUGAAGAUUCAUGUGCAAAAGAUGCACAGAAAUCGUAUUGAUUUAAUCCACCGGGAAACUUGAUGCGUCAAUUCAUUUUAUUGCAGUAACCGUAAUUCGAUUUUAGAAAGGCAUCCUGAAACUGACUGAACAGCGACUUGCCUAUCCUAAUCCUAUAGGGUUACAUCAUUUACAGGUCACCCAAUAAAUAGCGUUUCAUGUCGACUUUAAUGUCAAAUCAUUCAACAUUCCUUAAGUAAAUGCACCACAGAUAAAUAUUACAGCUUGCAUAUUUGUACAGGUGUG